AUGAUGUGGAAAGUUGCUGUAGCCGGCUACCGGCUACACUAUUGUUCUUGCUCUUCUGAUGCCCCACCGGCCGCGCGGCCGGGGAGGCGGGCCGGAACCGCCCGCGGCGAUAUGUUGGGGCUGUCUGUGAAGCGGGUGGCGCGGCUGGCGAUGACGAUCACCGGUCGGCUGGAGAAGGCCGGAAUGGUGCUACUCCUCACCGUGAUGGCGGCCUCCGCCUUCGCCGCCGUGCUGUUGCUGCUCGCCUGCCCCGCGUCGCCCCGCUGCUCGGUGGCCUUCGGGUCCGCCCUGUCCGCGCCUAAGAAGCUCUGGGGUUUCGGCUUCUCCGUCGAGCCCAAGACGUCGGCGUUGGACUCCGGCGAGUGCGACAUCUUCGACGGAGAGUGGGUGUGGGACGACAGCUACCCGCUCUACGAGUCCAGGGACUGCCCGUUCGUGGACACGGCGUUCCGUUGCUCGGAGAACGGCCGCCAGGACACGUCCUACGCUAAAUGGCGGUGGCAGCCGUCGCACUGCGAUCUUCCCAGAUUUGAUGCUAAAAGUAUGCUCGAGAGGCUACGAAACAAAAGAGUGGUAUUCGCUGGUGAUUCAAUUGGCAGGAACCAAUGGGAAUCCCUGCUUUGUAUGCUCGCUACUGGCGUUUCAAAUAAGAGCUCUAUCUACGAGAUUAAUGGCAAUCCCAUCACAAAGCACAAGGGUUUCUUGAUAUUCAAGUUUACAGACUACAAUUGCACCGUGGAGUAUUACAGAUCUCCUUUUCUAGUCCCUCAAGGUCAUGCACCAGCUGGAACCCCCAUAAUUCUUAAUAGUACAAUCAGGGUGGAUGUCAUGGAUUGGAUGUCGGAGUAUAACCGGGGUAAGUGGAGUGAUGCUGAUCUCUUAAUCUUCAACUCGGGGCAUUGGUGGUUGUACGGUAAAACAAUCGGAAGCGGUAACUUAUUUCAAGAAGGGGAUGAGGUGAAGAUGGACAUGACUGUCAGUGAUGCAUACAUAAGGUCAAUACAGACACUGUCCGACUGGCUUCACAGAGAAAUUAACACGAGCAAGACGCAUGCCAUUUUCCGUACAUAUUCUCCCACGCACUUCAGCGGCGGUGACUGGAGUACCGGAGGGACUUGUCAGUUGGAUAACCUUCCGGAUAUGACGCCGUUUAAAUCGUUGGAGCAAUGGGCUGGCAUGCUUAAACCCGUGAACGAUGUUCUAGGCAGCAACUUCAGAACCAAGUUGGCUGGGUUAGAAAUAUUGAAUGUAACGAGGAUGACGGCCCAACGAAGGGACGGUCACCCCUCAUUGUUCAUCAGUCCUUCUGGUUCAAGUCAAAAGCUCAGCAGAACACCGACAGAAACCGAAGUGGAGGAUUGCAGCCACUGGUGCUUGCCGGGUGUCCCUGACACCUGGAAUGAACUUCUAUACGCCCUCUUCAUGAAACCACAAAUAACGUGAAGUGAGCAUUGAACAUAGCCACGCAAAGUAUAGUUCAUAUAUAUCUAGUUGACGUUCUCUUGUUGAUGAGCGGAUUUAAUGCAUCAGGUUAUGCUAACAAACAUUAGUUGUUGAUGGAAAUGGCAGCAGUGGAGUAGUUAAGAGUACUAAUAGAAUUUAGUG